CGACGGCGGCGGCUCGCGCAGCUUCUUGGCUCGCUAUAUAAAGGGGAGAAGCAGGCGGACCGGACGGCUGGAGCUGCAGCCGGUGGCGGCAGCGGCGGCGCGGGGAGCGGUGACCGGUGUUGGUUUCCCUCCUCGGCGCCGAGUGGGGAGCGGGUGACGCCCCCUAACCCCCUAAGGGGUCGUGGCUUUUUUUUUCUUUCCCAUUUUUUUUUUUUCCUUUAAGGAGAGUCUCGAGGUUUUUAGCUGCGGGAGGAGUGCCCCCCUCCUCCUGGUCUCCCGCCUCUUACUCUUCCACGGUCGGUUUUGUUGAGAAUUUUCUGCCCCACUCUUGCGGGUGACUUGGGUCACCCUCCGGUUCUGAGUCUUUAUUUUUUUUAAUUUUUAAAAAUUGUUCUUUUUUUUUUUUUUUUUUUUUUAAAUCUCGUUCCCUCUUGUUUGUGUUGUGUGUGGAAAUGGCGAACUCGGCAAACACAAACACCGUGCCUAAAUUGUAUAGAUCUGUGAUUGAAGAUGUUAUUAAUGAUGUACGCGACAUCUUUCUGGAUGAUGGCGUGGAUGAGCAAGUCCUGAUGGAACUAAAAACUUUGUGGGAGAAUAAACUAAUGCAGUCUAGGGCAGUAGAUGGAUUUCAUUCAGAAGAGCAGCAGCUUUUGUUGCAAGUUCAGCAGCAGCAUCAACCCCAACAGCAGCAGCAUCAUCACCACCACCACCACCAGCAAGCUCAACCUCAGCAAACGGUACCUCAGCAAGCACAGACCCAACAGGUCCUUAUUCCUGCGUCACAGCAAGCUACAGCACCACAAGUUAUUGUUCCUGAUUCUAAGUUGAUACAGCAUAUGAAUGCAUCAAGUAUUACGAGUGCUGCUGCUACAGCUGCUACCUUGGCACUCCCUGCAGGUGUGACUCCUGUUCAACAGAUACUAACAAAUUCAGGCCAACUGCUUCAGGUGGUCAGAGCAGCCAAUGGUGCCCAGUAUAUCUUUCAGCCUCAGCAGUCAGUUGUUCUACAACAACAAGUUAUACCACAAAUGCAGCCUGGUGGAGUACAAGCUCCUGUUAUCCAGCAGGUCCUAGCACCACUUCCUGGAGGGAUUUCACCACAGACAGGUGUCAUCAUCCAGCCACAGCAAAUCUUAUUUACAGGAAAUAAGACUCAGGUCAUCCCUACGACAGUGGCAGCACCCACGCCAGCACAGGCACAGAUACCUGCAGCUGGCCAGCAGCAGCCACAGGCCCAGCCUGCCCAACAGCAAGCUCCAUUGGUGCUGCAAGUUGAUGGAACAGGGGAUACAUCUUCUGAGGAAGAUGAAGAUGAAGAAGAAGACUAUGAUGAUGAUGAAGAAGAAGAUAAAGAGAAAGAUGGAGCUGAAGAUGGACAGGUGGAAGAAGAGCCCCUCAACAGUGAAGAUGAUGUAAGUGACGAGGAAGGGCAGGAACUCUUUGACACAGAAAAUGUUGUUGUUUGCCAAUACGAUAAGAUACACAGAAGUAAAAACAAAUGGAAAUUUCAUCUCAAGGAUGGCAUUAUGAAUCUUAAUGGAAGAGAUUAUAUAUUUUCCAAAGCCAUUGGAGAUGCAGAGUGGUGAAGAGUUGCUUCUUUCCUUUUAUAAAUAGGACAAAAGAAACUUAAAAUGUUAAAAUGGACGGUUUGAAACUUGGGACAUUUAUCAACCAAAACUUCACUUCUGCAUGUCAGAAAAGCGCAGUAGAAGCAAAGCUACUGGAACAAAGCUAGACCUUGACCACAUAGACACUACUUCAAACUGGCAAGCCAUGGAACUGUAGCACCUGGGGUUGCUGGGUGGGGGGAGGGGUUUGUGUAGGAAAACUGUAACUGUCAAUUUUAAAUACAAGAACCUGCCAUUGGUAAUUAGCAUGUAAAAGCUUUGUCUAUAUUCCUUUCUCCAAGUUGGGCUCAAUCAGAAGAUACGUAUGUCUUGUAAUGACCUGAAGGAAUUUCCUUUUUGAUAGAUUGAACUGAAACUGUUUAUUGUAUGUGGUUAUAUUUGGUAAAAAAAAAAAUUACGUGUGAGCUUUUUACAGAAGGGCAAGAAUUAUGGUGUUGAAUUUUAAUUCACUUGUAUAAGAAAAUUUAAAACUCAUAAUAGGUCUUAAACAUUUUUUACUUGUUACUUUCCCUUAGUAAUACAUACCUCUUGCUUCCCUGCUGUAUGAACAUCUACUUAAGACUUAAAGCAAAGGAUCAGUGGUCAUAGUUUGUAGACAAAGUUGACCCAGGAAUGGAUGCUUGUUUUAAUUAGGUUCUCAUACUUAUUAAAUGUAACUUAAAGACUUGGGUUGUUGAGUAGAAAUAAAAUGACAACUCAAUUUCCAUAUAGAGAAGCUGUGCUCAGUCCCAUACUUUAAGAAGAAAUCUCAAAUUGGCUCCUCAGGAAUAUGUUUUUAUUUCACAAGGCACCACCAAGCUGAAAUUGUGUAGUACAAGUGAUAUGUGAAAGUUUUCCUUGUUGGACUACAGUGUGUGCUUACCUGUGCAUUUAGUCUCUAUGUAAACACGGAGGUGACAUUCUGUACAUUGAUCUGAGAAGCAUAAGGGCAGGUGGUGAGGAAUGGAUUUGUAUUAAACAAUUUAGUAAUUAUAAAAGUUUCUUGUGUUUACUAGUAAAGAAUUUUAGAAAUUAUUAUUUUAAUUAAGCAAAAUUUUUUAAAGACUUUGUAAUUUGAGGGGAAAGUUUGAGGGUGGAGUGGGUAGAGGGAGGUGGGCCACUAAACACAAAUUUACCUCUCUUUCAUUGGAUGGCCCUUCCAGGCUAUUGAUAAUGUAGAUUUGGGCUCCAGUUUGCACAUUGGAAAGAAAAUGCGGAGGCUUGACUUGUAUGUUAAAAACUAGAUAAUUGCUGUGUGUGUUGAGAAUGUGUAGCUUUGUUCCCAUAAGGGCUCUACAGAGCAGUGUGGCGCUGCAGUGAGUCAGCUUCUUGGGAACUCAGGGAUGCUUGCUUGCCCACCUUCAUCUCUGUUCUAGUGACUAACAAUUGGCAUUCAAAUUGACUUGCCUGUUGAUUUUGGGGAGGGGGGUGUCUUCCAUUUUUUGUCUUCCUUUCAUUUGACUUAAUGUAGUUCCAGAAGGAACAGAUAAAACUAAAGUAUAUUACAAAAGAGAAAACUGUGAGUUGUAUAGGGCCUUUUUUUUUUUUUAGCAGAUAUUUUAAAAUUUCUUAAUGCAGUUGAUUCCCCUCCCCACUUAUCACCCUACUGAAUUGAUUUAUGUUCUGAAAUUUGUUAUCAGUGGUGGUGUGUUAACAUGAUAGUAGUUAGAUUUUGCUUGUAUACCAUGACUUGUAAUGCAGGUUUUUGGUUUCUUUUGUUUUAUUAUUAAUGUAGCCUUUUGAGGGGAAGCUUUUUUAUUCUCCUAUUUUCAAAGCACACGCAUUCUGUUUUUUUAACUGUAAAACUUGGUGAACAGAGUAGGUAAAAUCCCGUGAGUCUGUUGUUCAGUUGUCCCCUGGUAUAGUUUCUAGGUUUGUGUUUACUCAAUGAAGUCAGUGACCUGAACUACCUAUGACAGUGUGGCAGUGUUGCUAAUCAGUAGUUGUUAUGCUAAUUCAGUGCAUGUCCUGGGCCCUCUGUUAGUCACACUAAUUGAAGGUUAGCAUUGUCCACUGGCCUGUCUUUUCUAGCUAUAUUUUCAAACACGAACAACCACUUCCUUCAGAGUGGCACACAGGGACAUCUUGAAGCAGGAAGUAACCAUUUGCAUUUGUACCUCUGUAUUGCCUAUUAAUGAUGGCAUCCCCGAUGAAUACUUUUAUCUGUGAAAACUCUGAAAGCUUGUCCAAACAACCCUGCACACCAGAUUGUGCUCUUACAUGCUGUUAUAUUGUGUUCCUUUUUAAAUCAAGUAGCAUGUUGUAUUUUUUAUAGUAUUUUUUGUGGUCUAAGUGUCACUUGCUUUGAAUUCUUAAUCAUGUUUUCACCAUUACAUUUAACAGAUGAUGUCAUUACAUUCUAUUAAAGUGUCUUUCCUUUGGAAAAAGCAAGGGAUUCCCACUUGCAGAAUAUUAUGAUGAAAGUACCAUGCUCAUCUAAAAGGCGGAAAUAGUUCAGACAUGGCAAUAGGGAAGUAAGCAGUGUUUUCAGAAAGUGAUGUUUAGAUUUGUACCAAAAGAGAUGGCACCUUUUGUAUAACAUGAUACCAGUAAUGCUAAGGUAAAUUUACACAGAAGGACUAAAGUGGGAAUGGGUGCCUUUCAUUAGAUGAACUCUGACCUGGUGGUC